AUGGUCGGUGUUCCGAAAAGCACUGGGUGCCUCAUCUGCCGCAAGAGGAAGAUUAAGUGCGACGAGACAUGGCCAGCGUGCUUGAACUGCCAGAAAAAUGGAAAAUCAUGUCCUGGGCCGCCUGCGCGACACACAUUCAGAGACCUCGGUCCUAGGCUGAAUGGUGGCGCGACGAACUUCGCAGUUGAAGAGAAAACCACACCACCAGAUCAACGAAAUAGACACUUGACACAACUGAACGAGAAGUUUGCCGAAAAUGGCUCGGUCACCCACAAAUUUAGGAUCUCAAACAAGAGCUCAACGACCCGGAGAAAAGCUUCGCGAUCAAGUUCAAUUAGUUUAAGUCCACCCAAAACGCCCUUUCUAAGACAUCCGUCGCCGUCACAACAUCAGCAACUCGCUCGCGCCCUAAUUUCAGCCACUACAACCGGCAGUACAGGACAUCGGAUGUCUGUCUUUGGUCCGUUCAUCCAGGAAGUUCCAGCUAGGAUUGGGCACAACGCAGCUCUCGAUGCGGCCGUAGCCGUGUUGGUCAACGUCCAUACUUCGCUGGUUUACAAAAAAGCUGCAGACGAGAUCGUAUCCCCAGAACUAUAUAUCCGAGCGAUCAAGACGCUACAGUCAUGCCUCGAGAGCCCACAAUUAGGCAUGUCUCCGAAUACACUUUGCGCAUCGGUACUUCUCGGUCUGGUUGAAGCGUUUGCAGGUCCAAGAAUAGGCAAUCGAUAUCUCACGCACGUAGGCGGCGCAGGACGAUUAAUGGAACUACAAGGACCCUCCAGGUACAGAGACACUUUCACAAAAGAGAUACUGCGCUUCAACCGAGGUGGAAUAAUCAUUACAUGCAUAUACGAGCGCAAACCAUGCUUUCUCGCGUCUCCCGGAUGGCGAGAAAUCGCUUUCGACAAGACCGGCCUCAGUUUCGACGACUGCCUGAAUACUGAUCUAAUGCAAUACAUGGCCGAAUUGCCGGGCAUAUUUCAUGCCCUGAAAGAAUUAGGCGAGCGCUAUGCUUCUCAACCGUCACAAGCUACGAGCUUCGAUGUCAGCUCAAACGACGAAUUGUGCAAAUCACUUUCUGACACACCGCCAUCCCUUGAUUUUUCUACCGACUCUUUCGAAGAGACGGAGUUUCUUGAAGACCUGCGACCUAUCAAAACCUCCUACCCGAUCAAUGCGAGGCCUUACACAUACCGUUACGAAUCUGCGCGGACGACACUCUUGUACAAAGUAUACAACCUCAAAGACGCUGUCCGUAGCCUAGGUGAGCACCUGAAUGCCAAACUCACCAACGGCAUCGCCAUUUCCGAGACACCAGCUAGAGAAAAGAACAGCCCUAUGCAAACAUCCUAUCACUUCAACAACUGGCGCGACAUGACUGCCUAUAACUGCUUCUGGUCUGUCGUCAUUCUGACGAAUAAAGUCCUAAUGCGGCUUCUACCACCUUUCGACCAAUCGCGCCAUGAACUGCAAGCGGAGUGUCGGUCAGUUGCGACUGAGAUUUGUAAGACAUGGGAGGAUGCCUGGGCUGGCAGACCGAUUGGUGCAUUCCACACAGGCUUAAGCUUUGUCGUUGCGUACGAGUACUGCACAUCAGAAGUUCAGGUGUGGAUAAUCAAAAGGCUAAACUCCCUUCUGGACUAUCAUCAGGUCGAUGCGUUUCGAUGGUCGGACGAAGUCAUUACCAGCAUGUCCGCUAAGCUUGCCGGAGAGGGACCUGAUGUCGCGUUCUCGAACGUCAGGGCCUCGGAAAAUGCACGAUGA